AUGUCGUCGCCGCGCAACAUCUCGUCCUCCUCGUCCGGCGGCGGCGGCGGCGGCGGCGGCGCCAGUGGUGGUGGAGGUGCCGCUCUUCCAUCUGCCGCCCGCGCCGGUCGCGAGUCGUCGACGUCCUCGGCCCGAGUCUCGCCUUCGCUGCACCCGACCACGGCGCACAUCAACACCUUGUACGGCUCCCCCGGUGGGAUCCCGCAGAUCCCUUCCCGCAGCGAGCUCAACAGCCAGCACAACUCGCCCCGCGUCUCGUCGCCCUUUUUGAAUGCUCGAUCGGCAGCAGGUCCAGCAGCAUCCCCAUCGGGCGGAGGCGCCGUCUCCCCUGCGCUCUCGGCUUCCCAUGCACUGGGCACUCCACCCUUGCCACCAGCUUCGAUCGCGUCUUCGAUCACGACCUCUUCGAACCCCAACUUGACCGAGGCGCAAAAGGCCGAGAUCGUGCGCCGUCACUUACUCAACGCGCACGACCAGAGUCGCGUCGAGCACCGACCGACGAUCCAUCCUCGCGCCUCGUCCAACUCGCUCAUCGCUUCCUCGAGCACGAGCAUCGCCGAAGGUCCCUCCGUUGAUGAGGGAGAGUACCCGACCCCUUACCAUCGCCAGGGGGGCGAUGUCGUCGCGGGGGUGUACAAGUGGGCCGCGCAACAGGCCGAAGGAGCUGGCGGCGACGAUUCGGCCGCCCCUUCCUUGCGGAGAUCCAAGUCGCUCGUCUCGUUGGACCAUGCGGCGAGGCAGCACGCGGCCGACGACUCCCUGACAUUGGAACGGACGCCCACGUCCAAUACCGAGGCCGCGGCGGCCGACGACGACGAUCCUUCUUCGGCUUCGGCGAUGAGGGUGCGCGAGAUUCUCGAGCCGGGCGGAUUCCGACGUGAUUUCGUCAUCCGCAAGAUCGCCGAACAACGCGGCGAAGACGUGCAGAUCGCCGCCAGGAGGGUCUCGCGAUCGACGGGUGGAUCCCGGAGCUUCAUCGACUUUCUCAGUCUGUACGGCCACUUCGGUGGUGAGGACUUGGAGGAGAUCGAGGAGGAGGACGAGGAAGAGGAUGAAGAGGACGAAAUCGAGUACGAUGGACAGAUCCGCGGUGAAGGGAUUCCGCCGUUCCGAGGGCAGGCAAGUGGGUCGAGAGGUGUGCCACCGAACGAGCGAACACCGUUGGUGCGAAACAAGACCACGAGGCACGGGACGACUUCGGCGGCCAAGCGCCAGGGUCCGUCCCAGGGUGACGCGACCGUGUCGCAGGCCGUGCUCAUGUUGCUCAAGAGUUUCGUCGGCACCGGAGUCCUCUUUUUGGGUAAAGCGUGAGUUGACUUCUUGCCAGUAAAUUCUUUGGUCGCGGAUGGGAUGCUAACCUUGCUCCGAGCCGGCACAGCUUUUACAACGGAGGCAUCCUCUUUUCUACCAUCGUGCUCUGCUUUAUCGCCAUGGUCUCGCUCUACUCGUUCCUGUUGCUGGUCGAGACACGUCUUGUCGUCAACGCCUCGUUCGGUGACAUUGGUGGUAUUCUCUACGGCAAAUACAUGCGCUGGGCCAUCCUCUUUUCGAUCGUCCUCUCCCAGGUCAGUUCAUGUCGCGGUGUUCCCUCAACUGCAGUUGGCGUGUCCAUCACUGACCUGGGUCAGCACGCGUCCUCAUGAUAGGUCGGAUUCGUCGCGGCCUACACGAUCUUUGUCUCUCAGAACUUGCAAGCAUUCAUCAUGGCCGUGACCAAUUGCCGCCAUCUCAUCCCGAUCCAGUACCUCAUCCUCGCGCAACUCAUCAUUUUCUUGCCCCUUGCCAUGAUCCGCAAUAUCCAAAAGCUGUCCGGUACAGCCUUGAUUGCCGAUGCUUUUAUUCUCUUUGGUCUCGUCUACAUCUUUUCGAAUGAGAUCAAGCUCCUUGUCGACAAUGGCAUCGCCGACGUCGCCCUCUUUAACCGCAAGGACUUCCCACUCUUAAUCGGGACCGCCGUCUUUUCUUUCGAAGGCAUCGGUCUCGUCAUCCCCAUCACCGAGAGUAUGAAGGACCCGCAUCGUUUCCCGGCCGUCUUGACGGGUGUCAUGAUUGGGGUCAUGAUCCUGUUUGCCUGUGGUGGAUUGCUCGCUUAUGCGGCUUAUGGCUCAGCGAUCCAGGUAAGUCGUUCAUUUGGGUUGUGGCGGGCUUCGUGUUGACCCCCCUGUGCUGACGUGUUUCUACUCCAUUCCCGCAGACGGUCGUCUUCGUCAACCUCCCCCAAGACGAUAAGUUUGUCAACGCGGCACAAUUCCUUUACUCGAUCGCGAUCCUCCUCUCGACGCCCUUACAACUCUUCCCCGCCGUGCGCAUUAUGGAGAACGGUCUAUUCUCUCGUUCGGGCAAACAUUCGAACCGAGUCAAAUGGACCAAAAACUCGUUCCGCAUGGCCGUCGUCGUAGGAUGUUCAGCAGUCGCCUGGGCCGGCGCGAAAGACCUCGACAAGUUCGUUUCCCUCGUCGGGUCGCUCGCGUGUGUGCCGUUGUGCUUUUGCUACCCUGCGAUGCUGCAUUGGAAGGCGUGCGCCCAUACGAGGAAGCAGAAGGUCAUCGAUGCGUUGCUGUUCAUCUUUGGCUUGUUUGCGACGUGCUACACGACGUCUCAAACGGUGCGUACACGAGGUUGUACGAUCCUCCUUGACGGGCUGAGUGCUGAUGCGAUGCUGCUGUUCGUCGAUACAGAUCUCGAUGCUCAUCAGCGGCGGCGAGAGCGCACCCCCUAAGUUCGGCAAAUGUCAAUAG